GUCGGAGGGGAGCCAUCUGGAGGGCAGGGCUCGGCAGCCGGACUGCCUUCGGCUCUGCCUCCGGCUCUGCCUCCAGUCGCGCCAAGCGGGUGGAGGACCCUGAGCUGGGCACCAGCAACCGUGUAAGGAACCGAGGCUGCGUACGGCUGGAAGCACAGAAUCGCGGAGCCGAGGCGGGAACUCGCAAGAGAAGAAGGAGGCGGGUCAGGGACCGCCACCAUGUCCUUCCCGCACUUUGGACACCCCUAUGGCAGCGCUUCCCAGUUUUUGGUGUCUGCAAGUUCCAGCGCCACUUGCUGCGAAUCCGCCCCGCGCUCCGUCCCAGAUGUGGCCUCAGGCUCCACCCCGGCGGCGGCGCUCUGCUGCGCUUCCUACGACAGUCGGCUGCUGGGGAGUGCGAGGCCCGAGCUGGGCGCGGCCCUGGGCAUAUAUGGAGCUCCCUACUCGGCUGCUGCAGCUGCCCAGAGCUACCCAGGCUACCUGCCCUACAGCCCGGAGCCGCCCGCUCUGUACGGGGCGCUGAAUCCACAGUAUGAAUUUAAAGAGGCGGCAGGGACCUUUACACCUGGCCUGGGGCAACCGGGAGCCUAUUAUCCCUAUGAGUCGACUCUGGGGCAGUACCAGUAUGACCGGUAUGGUGCGGUGGAGUUGAGUGGCGCUGGGCGCAGAAAGAACGCCACCCGGGAGACCACUAGCACGCUCAAGGCCUGGCUGAACGAGCACCGCAAGAACCCCUACCCCACCAAGGGCGAGAAGAUCAUGCUGGCCAUCAUCACCAAGAUGACCCUCACCCAGGUGUCCACCUGGUUCGCCAACGCGCGCCGGCGCCUCAAGAAGGAGAACAAGAUGACGUGGGUGCCCAAGAACAAAGGCGGGGAGGAGAGGAAGGAGGACGGUGCAGCAGAGGAAUUGCUGGGCUGCCUAAAUGGGGACACCAAAGACGUUACUGCGAGCCAGGAGAGACAGGAGGCUCGGGGGCUCCGGCUGAGUGACUUGGAGGACCUGGAAGAUGAGGAGGAGGAGGCGGAUGAAGAGGAGGCAGUGGUCACAGCUACGGACCGGCUGGCUGAACUCCAUAAAGACACUCUGUCGCUGCCAGCGGCGGCGGCGGCGGCGCCCUGUGCAGCGGAUCGAGAGGGCCGGCCAGAGCGCAGGGAGUGCAGUCUGGCGGCGCCCCGCUUCUCCUUCACUGAGCCCCCCAGAUCAGGAGAAGCCGACUUCCUCCGGGCGGAGCCAGGAGGCCCCACGUUGACCAUGCACUACCCCUGCAGGGAGAAACCGCGCAUCUGGUCUCUGGCGCACACCGCGGCAGCCAGCGGCGUCGAGGGUGCACCUCCAACCCUGCCCAGGCCACGAAGUUCUGAGCGCCAUCUGAUCCCCGGACAGCCUCCAGCCCGGCGCGCCACCCGCGUCCCCAGAGACUCCGCAUGCGAAGAGUCUUCCCGAAUAGCCAAAGCCUUUGGAAACCCCACGUUUGCCCUACAGGGCCUGCCGCUGAACUGUGCGCCCUGCCCGCGGCGGAGGGAGCCCGCAGUACAGUGCCAGUACCCUUCAGGAGCAGAAGGUUAGCGCAAUGGCUGCAAUUUGCGGAGGAUCCUGGAAAUAAGCCCAACUUUUUGGAACUCACCCCCACGCUGAGAAACUGAGCAACCUCGCAGGGGUCUGGGGCUCUCACUUCGACUAAAAGACAGACACACAGAAACCCUUCUACCUGCUCUCCUUGCACGCAGAGCUGGGAGUGGCCAGCAGACGUGCAUCUUGUCAGAUCCCUGGGGGAGAAGGCGGGCACCCUGGGGAAGGCCAAGUGGGGAAGGCCAAGUGGGGAAGGCUGGGCGAGUCCGCCUGGUGCACCAGCUCGGAACCCAAGUCUCCUUCUCCCCUCUGGACUCGGGCUGAAGCUGCUCCCUCUCCUGCUCACCCCACCACCUUCACUUUGUAACUUCAAUGCUGAUCUGGUCCCUAAGAUCCACGUGGUCUUCUCCCCCUCCCCACUCCUUGUGUCCUUAAAAAUAAUCAAACCAAA